GCUGCUGUGAACUUGCUGCGUUGCAAAGCACGCGUGGAUGUCGCAGCUGAGAGGCGAGGCGAGGCGAAGCAGGCGAUGGAGGCGAGGGCGUCUGCGGAGUGGUGAGCGAGGAGAGAGUGACUGAUUGCGGAACGCCGCCGCCGCUUCCUGCUGCACAUAAGCCCAUGGCGUUGAUUCCGUUGAGUCAAGCUCAUUGGAUUGCUCGUUGGAAGCUCAUUUUUCAAUCUGUCCUGGUUGAUCUCAGUCAAGUGCAGGUAAGUCCGGACAUGGUCUCCUGAAGAUCCGAUACAAAUCGCACAAGUGAGGCGGACCAGACCAGACCAUCUUGGACCAUGACCGCUUUGUCGAACCAAACGGAUGCGGUUGGCAAUUGUGCCCUUCUGCUGGCCACGACAGAGUCUCUUUUGAACCUGACUCCAGCGUCCCAGGCCAAAGUGAUAUCGGAGCAGCCGGCGGCUCCUCUCUGUACAGUCUGCUGCUGUGGCUUUCUCAAUCGUGCCUUUGCGGUUGCUUUCAUGCUCAGCCUGACUUUUGCCAUAGUCAUCGGAAAUGUCAUCACUCUGACUGUAUUUGUGCAGACCAGACAGUCCAGGACACCACAAGGCUACUUGAAAGUUUCUCUGGCUAUAGCUGACAUGAUGGUGGGCGUCCUGGUGGUCCCUUUCUCCGUUUACACUGAAGUCUCACUGAUGGUAACCUACACGCCUCCCGUUUGGUACCAAGGCGCUUGGGCUUCUCAAAGGAGCCCCUGGCAGCCCUGCAUGCUGAUUGGACCCGUUUUUGCCGGCUGCACCUUUGUCUCCAUCAGCACCAUAUUCCUCAUGACGGUGGAGCGAUGUGUGGCCAUCCUGUGGCCGCUGCACAAGGACGCCCUGGUGACCCGGAGGAGAACUCUUCUCCUCAUUCUGCUCUCCUGGGCUGCCAGUUUCCUCCUGGCGCUGGCGCCGCUCUUAUUCAGCAGCAACUUCACUUUAGAGUACAACGAGUGUAGCCGUAUGUGCAACUACGCUCCGCUGUUGCUUGGCAACCGCUUGCCGCAUGACGCCAACAUCCUGCUGCUCUUCCCAGUCUUUGACUUCACUCUUCUGGGUGGAACGUUGGCUAUUAACAUUAUGUCCUUCACAAGCAUCAAGCAGUACACCAGGAGACGCAAACUGCUCUCCGAGGGGAGUUUGACUGAGGGGGGAGGCGGGGGAGGCGGGGGAGGCUCUUGCCCUCCCCACAGACCUUCCUUUUCCGAUAUCAAGGCCGCUAAGACAAUAAGCAUCUUAACGUUUGCUUUCACCGCAUCCUUCUCCCCCAUCGCCGUGUUUGUGCUGGGCAACGUGGUGGGAUACACCUGGUGCAACUUCUCCUUUGUUGCCUUCUGGAUUCUAACGGCAAACAGUUGCUGCAACGUGAUCAUCUACAGCGUGAGGGACCAUCGUUUUCGGAAGGGCGUGACCUUACUCUUUCAGCGUGAUCAGCGCUGUCCCACACAGGAGGAGAAAGCCUGAGUGAGGAACACGAGUGAAGCUUGUUGUGAAAUACAUGCUGUGGACGAUGGUUAAAGUCGUGUCGUGGCGACGAGCACCGUGUUUGUUUCUGGCGUUGUCAAGUCUUUGUUGGGAAGCUUUAGAUGUCGUCUUCGGCUCCAUGUUCUAUUCCGGCUUGUAACUUUUUGACAAUUAACGUUUUUGUCACGUGCGCAUACUGUGGAUUUCAUGAUCAAGAUGUGGAGAUGGCCGCAAGUUAGGAUGUCGAUUCUCUCCGCUGACCUCCUGGCCUUGGCUUCUUUUGUGGCCCGUAUCUCAGGAACACAACAGUUAUAUCAAGAAGGCCGCAAGAUGUUUUUUUUUUUUUUCCUAAGCGGACAACAAGGCAUGUCUCGCAUACCGUGUGGAAACAAACGUUUUUUUAGAUUGUGUGAAUUUCAAAAAAGCAUGAUGCAGCGAACCCUUCUCCAAAUGUUUCUUUUGUCGCAGUCCCCCAGAAUAAGCUAAGAGCUUCUCAAUUGAAAUCUUUUUUCCCGAUGCCUUUUUUCAACUGAAAUUGGAUAAAUGACGGUACACUAUACAACUUUGUACACAAAGAAUACUCUCGACGUUCUUCUCGACUUUUUACAAUGUUCCUGGAAAUGUCUGAUAUUCUCCAUAAUGGCUUUGCAUGUUUUGCAGUAUAUUUCGCCUCUGGCUAGUUUUGGACUUCCAAAAGUCCGAAAGAAAUGUGCAUCUUGAGAAGCAGAAAGGCUCCACCUGCUCGCAGCGUGAGAGCUGUGGUUACAGUGCUUACUUGUGGAUUCAUCGUUUUCUCUUUUCAAGCAUCAAGGCCAAAAUGUUUCUUACUUAACAACUGAGUCAUUUCUCGGAAAAACAUCUGCGCAAACAAAGCAUGAAUGGAAACUUUGCUACUGUGCAAAGUUGUGAGGGACAUACGUAUUCAAUGAGUUGAACUUCAAGUUGUCGUGGAUGAAUCUUCGCUAAAUGUUCUUACAUUUGAACCCAAGUCGGCUUAUUGGGCAGUGUCGAGUCUACUGAUCAGUCAUCGUUAUCAUUCCAGUGCAAAUUUGAUGUUGACGGAAAAUCAAGCUGAUAUUUCCAGAUGCAAAUUUUUUUCUCAGUCCAAAGCAAUAAAAGUAUUACUUUGGUACUAUCUGGUGGAAUUUUAAUCUUGUUCGGUUGAAUUCAGUGAACCUUAUUGCAGUCGAAAGUGAAAGCUAACCUUUGUUUCUGUUUUGACCAGUUUGCUGUGUUCCCAAACAUUUCAUAUUGUGUACAAACGUGAGUCUAAUGACUAUUGUGUAUAUUUGUUUGGCUAUGUGUGAUGUUGCAGGCUUGUUAUUUAGGCUGGUGUCCAUGCAAGCAAGCAAAUGAUAUGAAUCUGGUUUGAUCAUUGACAGAAUGUUAUUGCUUCACGGGAUGGUGAUUGUGCACAUGCAUGAAGCAUAGUGUUGCUGUUUUGUGAUCCCUUCCAUUUUGAAGUGCUUUGCGACCAUUUGAUAUCUUCUAUACACACACACUUAGCCCUUUUUUUCUGAUUUUGGUCCCCCCCCAGACAAAAACACAGUUGAAGUGUAUCCUGAAGUGUUUGAAUGAUGAAAAAAUCAUCUUGCACCACCUUAUGGGUUCAAGUCAUUUGUUUUUGUGUGUGGCAUCCCAAUAAAGGCCAUUCAUUGCUA